CGAGACGAGACUCCAUUGAAAGAGAAAAGCCUUGUUUAUUCCUCGAUUUCAAAUUGAAAGAUUAGAAUAAAACAGAAAGCUUUAGGGUUUCAGAAUAAACCAGAGGGAAACUACGAAGACGACGACCAAUUCUCUCAAUCUUUGUUUCCACGAUUUGUUUUUGUUUCCCUCUGAUUCACAACCAAUAAAAAAAAAUCGAUUUUUUUCUUCUUUCUUUUUUGCUUUCUCUCUUUUGCUUUUACUUUUCGUUUUACCACAGAAAGCGAGAAAAUUGUUGGUGGGGUUCUGUUAAAUUUCCCAGAAAUUAUUGUAGAAGGAGAAGGUGAUAUCAUUUAGCUUCCAAUUGUUUUGUUUCCUGAGGAUAGAAGCUUAUAUUUUCCUGGGAAAACUCCGACCUUUGGCUUUAAUCUUCGUGUUCUUGGUUUGUUAAACGGUAAGGAGCUAUAUUGGCGCUCAUUUCGUGUUCCCGGAUCUAGACUACGGAGAUCGUUACUAUGUAUAUGUGUAGUAGCGUUAGAUUGUGAUUUGGAUACUGUUACCAAAGUUAUGGAUUUGGCAAUUGUAUCUUCCCCUAGGGAUGGUGUUAGAUGCUGUGAUUGUGGAUGCAGUUGCUCUUUGAAUGAUGCUUCUCCGGGUUCUCUGCUUCGUUCUGUGAAGAGAAAAUACGAGGAAUUCGAGAAUGAUAAACUGUUUCACAUACCGGAGCUGGAGCUGGACUUGUAUUCCAAUGCUAAAGUCCAAAUUGAGAAUGAAUUGGAACUGCUAAGGGAGACUGUUAGCAGCCAACAGCAAUCGAUUCAAGAUUUGUAUGAGGAGCUUGAUGAAGAGAGGAAUGCUGCAUCCACAGCUGCAAGUGAGGCAAUGUCGAUGAUAUUGAGGUUGCAGAGGGACAAGGCUGAACUCCAAAUGGAAUUGAGACAGUUUAAGCGUUUUGCUGAGGAGAAAAUGGAGCAUGAUCAGCAAGAGCUUUUGGAUCUGGAAGAUUUGAUAUAUAAGAGGGAGCAGACCAUUCAGGCUAUGACCUGUGAAGCUCAGGCUUAUAAGCAUAGAAUGAUGAGUUUCGGGCUCAGUGAGACUGAGGUUGAUGCGGAGAAGAGCAUGCUUAGCCGUAACCCGAGCAUGAUUGAAAGUGAUUACCAAUAUGAUCUCCCUACAUAUGAUUACCCUCCUAUAAAGUGCAAUGUGAAUGAGAACCCAGGACCCCUGGAGGCUGAUAUUGAUGUUGAUGAUGUUGAAAAGUACCCACUGGCUGAUUCACCUCAUGGCCUAGAAAAUUUGAAGACAUUGGAACAAAGAAUCAGUCAGAUGGAGAAAAAUCCUAGCUUUACUCAGUCUAAUGGUGAUGUAUCUGGAGGGAGAAAUUAUUCGGAGAAGUUGAUGAUUGGUCAGAGUCCUAGGCAUCAGAGGCAUUGCAGGAGGGUUUCCACUGGUAGCUCAAGUUCACUUUUGGGAACAAAUAGGGAACAUAGACCUGAUUUUCCCACUGAGUCACCAAGGUCCAACAGUGGGAGCUUCAGGAAAGUGGAAGAUACCUCGUAUGCAGAGGGUAAUUCCUAUGCAAAGGCAAAAGGUGAUUCAUCAGAAAUAGGCGAUAACGACAUGAAUGAUAGAGUUUAUACUAUUGACUCUGUGCAUCACGGUGUAUCUCAUAGUUGUGCUGCUGAGCAAAAGCUUAAGAAUGAUACUGUUGAUGGUUAUGCGAUGUCUCCGAGAGAAAAAUCGAAUCAGCCGGAUCUUGGUGAUCCUGAUAUAGCGAAACUCUACAUGAGGCUUCAAGCACUAGAGGCUGACAGGGAAUCAAUGAGACAGGCGAUUAUGUCAAUGAGGACUGAGAAAGCUCAAAUGGUUCUUUUAAAAGAAAUUGCCCAACAUCUAUCUAAGGAUGUUGUCCCAGAACGGAGAUUGCCUCUGCAGAAAGCAUCUAUUGUUGGAGCAUUCAAUUUCAUAUCUCUCUUUAAGUGGAUCACAUCUUUUGUUUUCUGGAGAAAGAAGCCUCGUCGAAGCAAAUACAUGAACACAAUGCAAGGGAACAACAUGGGGUUGCAAAUGCUUCUAGAAAAAACUCCUCGGGUACGGCAAUGGAGAUGUCUCUCAAGCACACAAGUUUGACAAUCACAUCCUCAAAUUUGGUUUGAAACGCACAAUGUGUGAAAAGUAGUAGGUAUUGGGAGCGGUGUGCUUUACUCUGUCCAUCUUCAUGGUUGCUGAGAAAAAUGGUAUCUCAUGUGCAGUAAUUUUUCUUUUCUUUUUGUGUUUGCCAUAUUUCAUUUGUUGUGGGGUUGCAAUUGUCUUUGAGAAUGGGGUUUGAUGAUUGUCUGAAAAGAUCAGUGAGGCUUCACGCAAAAGAACGUCCCCUUAUUUGUAAGCUGUGUAUAAUUUUUCCAGAUUCUUGUUUGAAAAUUCUCUGGAAAGAAACAGAAAAGAAAAGCAAAAAAAAAAAAAUCCGAGUCUUUCGGUUUAUUCUCUCAA